GUUGAACAGGAUUACUGCUCAGCAGGAGAGCUGCCCUUUGUUUUCCGCCCCCAUCAACAAAACUAACACACAUUUAUUCCUGCGAGGUGUGUCCUGCAACUUCCUGCAGAAUCUCCUCCGAAAGCAUCCUCUUUUUUUUAUUUUUAUCCCACCUGUCCUCCAGAGGGAUUGGACCUGCAGAAGGAAGGGCCCGCUGGGUCACUGCAACAGGUCGAGGAGGAAAUAUAAAUAAUAAUAACUAUAAUAAAAAUGAGGAUGCAUGUACUUUAAAUGAAGCGAAAAGAGGAGGAACACAGAAUACAGAGGAGGAGGAUGGUUUAAUGGUUUCUGCUGCAGACUGGGUGCGACAGAGAGGAAAACUGCCAACAUGAUGCCGAUGUUCCUCACCGUGUACCUCAGCAACAACGACCAGCACUUCAGUGAGGUUCCCAUCACGCCGGAGACGCUGUGCAGGGAUGUGGUGGAGCUCUGCAAGGAGCCGGGAGAGGCCGACUGCUACCUGGCCGAGAUGUGGAGAGGCUCCGAACAUGUGGUUGGAGAUGGGGAGCAGAUGUUGGAGGUGUUGCAGAAAUGGGGGCAGCAGAGGGGGGAGGUCCGUUACCUCCUGCGUCACCAGAGAGCUCCAGGACGAGAGUCAGGUGGAUCCAGAACUGCAGAUCAGAUGAUGAAGAGGAACCAGCUGAAAGCUUCUGUGGAGAGAUGUCUGGAGAACGGGGUCUCAGCUCCUCGUCUGGACAUGACGCUGAGCGACCUGCAGGAUCUGGCAACCCGACAGCAGCUGCAGAUUAAUGCCCAGCAGCAGCUGCUUGCCUCCAAAGAGCAGCGGCUGCGUCACCUGAAGCUGCAGGACCAGCGGCAGCAGCAGCAUCCGCAGCAGGAGACAUCUGAACAGGAUCGCCUGCAGCAGCUCAGAGAGAACGCUCACAACCAGGAGGCCAAACUGAGGCGGGUCCGAGCCAUCAGGGGCCAGGUGGAGCAGAAACGCCUCAGCAACAGCAAGCUAGUGGAGGAGAUCGAGCAGAUGACGGGGCUCUUCCAGCAGAAGCAGAGGGAGCUGAUGGUCGCCGUGUCAAGGGUGGAGGAGCUGAGCGACCAGCUGGAUACUCUGAGGAGCAACAGACUGGAGCCUCCUCUUCCUCCUCCUCAUCACCACACCACCUCCUCCGCUGCUGAGCUGGAAAGACUUUAUAAAGAGCUGCAGUUGAGGAACAAGCUGAACCAGGAUCAGAGCGGCCGGCUGCAGCAGCAGAGAGACAGCCUGAACAAGAGGAACCUGGAGGUGGCGGCGAUGGACCGACGGCUAGCCGAGCUCCGUCAGCGGCUCUGGAAGAAGAAGGCCGCCCUGCAGCAGAAAGAGAACCUGCCCGUGGCUUCGGACGGAGGGGCCCCUCAGCAGGGCGUGGGCUCCAGAGUGGCGGCGGUGGGGCCGUACAUCCAGUCGUCCUCCGGCUCCCAGGGGCCUCCGGUGCCGGCCCGCCAGGAGGUUCUGGUGAAGCCGGCCUACCCGGACGGCACUGCCACACUACCCAUGCCCGACUCGUCGCUGAAGCCGCCUCCCAGACCCGCCAAACCCGCCUCAGGUUUCGGCUCAUCAAAAGUAAACAAACUCUCGGACUGGAGCGGCUCGCUGUCUGAGUCCAGUGGAGGUUACAGCCACUCCUCCACCCUGCCUCGCAUGUCCAGCCUCAGCUGCCACAACUCAGGGGGGAAGACUAUCCCAGAUCAGAGGAGCCUCUCUGGGUCUGACAUCCCGCCCCCUGUCCCCUCACGGACCAAUCACAUCACUGACAACCUGCUCAGGGACAAUCAGGCUUCUGGUAAAGGUCUUUCCAAGAUGACGGCACCUCCUCCAAUUCCCAGUAAGCCCAAACUGUUCUCCACGUCAGGCCCCCAGACCUUCUCGAAGCCCCCCUACAGCACCGGGACCUUCCCCGGCAAGGUGCGGCCGGUCGGGGGCCACCUCAGGGCUCCAGGGUCCGUCUCGAGCCACAGCAACACUCUCCCCCUGCCCCACAAGCAGGAGGGUCCGCCGGCCGCCGCCGUGCGACCGUACACCCCCGACCCCUCGGAGGCCCCGGCCGCCCCGUUGCAGAAGCCUCAGACUCUGGCGGCGUCCUACAUCUACUCCAUGUACACGACGCAGGGGAAGGGCUACCAGCCGGGGGGACAGGGAACGCUGCCCCGGAGCCAGCCCAGAGUGUAUGGCAAACCUGUCCUCCCAGCGAACGGGGGGCAGCAGUUUAUCUCCUCAGGCAUCAUGAACUCGGGGUCCUGUUUUCCCGACGGCGGCGAGACAGACUUCAGUGGCGAAGGCGUCGUUGCAGACACUUCAGACCGAGGCAACCCACGACCUCUGAGCCCCACCAAGCUCCUCCCCUUCCUGUCCAACCCCCACCGUAACCCCUGCGACGCCGACCUGGACGUCCUGCGCCGCCGGCUGCACCACGCCCCCCGGCCCCUGAAGAAACGCAGCUCCAUCACGGAGCCCGAGGGCCCGGCCGGUCCCAACAUCCAGAAGCUGCUCUACCAGAAAACCACCCUGGCUGCUAUGGAAACCAUCCCCAUGGAGACAGUGGGUCCAGGGGGGGUGCUGGUUCAGCCUCACGAAGACGGGACGGAAGGCGGAGAUUUUGUGUCCAGAGUCGACAGCGACCAGGCAGAGAGCCCAGAGGAGAGCCUGACCCCACCUCUUCUGCCCCCCCGCUCACCAAUCACCGACCACACCCUGCCCCCCCCUCCAGAGCACAAAGAGGAAGAGGAGGUGUGUCGAUCUACCUCGGUCAACCAGGAGUUCCCCCCGUACCCGCCCCCUCCUUACCCAACCUGUGUGGAGGGGGAUCAGGGGGACGACGUCGCCAACAUGCAGCCGCCGGAGGUCACGGGACAGGUGCCGUCGCCCCCGGGUAAGAGGUCGAUCCUCCGUAAACCCGGCUCGGAGCGGAUCGAUCACAGCAUGCGGGUUAAGUUCAACCCUCUGGCUCUGCUGCUGGACGCGUCUCUGGAGGGCGAGUACGACCUGGUGCAGAGGGUCAUCUACGACGUGGAGGACCCCAGCAUGCCGAACGACGAGGGCAUCACCGCGCUGCACAACGCCGUUUGUGCCGGACACACAGAGAUCGUCAAGUUUCUGGUUCAGUUUGGUGUCAACGCCAACGCUGCCGACAGCGACGGGUGGACUCCCCUCCACUGCGCUGCCUCGUGUAAUAACGUUCAGGUCUGUAAGUUCCUGGUGGAGUCGGGGACGGCAGUGUUCGCCACCACGUACAGCGACAUGCAGACAGCUGCAGACAAGUGCGAGGAGAUGGAGGACGGAUACGCCCAGUGCUCCCAGUUUCUCUACGGUGUUCAGGAGAAGAUGGGCGUGAUGAACCGCGGCGUGGUUUACGCCCUGUGGGAUUACGAGCCGCAGAGCGACGACGAGCUCGGCUUCAGCGAGGGCGACUGCAUGACGGUGCUGAGGCGGGACGACGAGGUGGAAACGGACUGGUGGUGGGCCAGAUGUGGAGACCAUGAGGGCUACAUCCCUCGAAACAUGCUGGGGCUGUAUCUGAGGAUCAAGCCCCGGCAGAGGAGCCUGGCUUAACCCACAGCUGAUGGAUCUACAGAAGACCAAAACCUCUGGACUCGAGGUUGUUAGUUAAAAAAAAUAAAAGGGACAGAUGUUUCCUGAACUGCCAUUAAAACCUGUUAGGUUUUUCAACUUCAGCACAAAGAAUGUCACAAUGAACUGCGAAGAUAAAGAAAAUGCUUCCUGUGGUUACAGUGAACUUUUUGUAUUGUAGUCGCAAAGCCUCAAAAUGUGAACAUGCUUUCAGGUUCAUCUCGUAUUUCAUUAUUUCAGAUUUGACUUUAUAUUAUUAAAUAGCGACAGUCGACACAGAGAGAAAAAGAGGAGCAACAAUCGUCCCAAAUGUUGAAAUCAAAAACAGGCAGUUGCCCGAAAACCACAAGUCCACCUUUUUGAAGUAUUUAAAAUUACAAUCCCUUAAUUUUUGUUAAAGCAUCCUCUAGUUUUAACAAAUGAAGCACAUAUUUAAAAUAUGACACACAUUUAAGAGGUGUUAUUUGUAUUGUAUUGAGCCCCAAAUUCCCCCAAAACUACAGUAUAUUAAUAUUUAAGAGUGUGAAAAUGGUGCAGGAGCUACUUGUGCUAACAGGAUAAUACAUAAAUAAGAUAACCCUUUAUUUCUUUGGGGCUCUGUAGUACAAAUGAAUUAUUACCUAGGUCAUUUUAUUUUUAUUUUGUAUUGUUUGGUUGUGAAUUUAAUCAAAUCCAGCUUCGACAAUUUAAUAACUUUAAUGUUAUUUUGAUAUUUACGCUGUUGAUGCUCCCCGGUCACAUGAUGUACUUUGUGUUAAAGACAACAACUUGUUUUAUUAAUUGUAUUUAUAUUGUUUGUUUUUUUUACAUGAGUUUGUCACCUAACAGUAUUUUGUUUAAUUUCAUUGAUCUAUUUUAACUGAUAUUCUACAUCAGAGGAUAUAAGGUGAAACAUUCUGCUCCCAUAUGAUUAUUUUUUGUGUCAGAACUGUGGACUUUUCUACAAACGCCUGAAAUGUUGAUGCUCUGUGUUUUUUUUUUAAAUACACCAGUGCAUUAUUACAUUUUUCAAAAUAAAAGCCUG